AUGCCAGGUCAUAGAAUAGACUUCUGGAAAUUGGCCAUCAAAAUCAUUUUCUUGUCACAAACUACAGCUGGAAUUCUGGGAAAUUUCUCUCUUCUCUACUACUAUCUAGUUCACUAUGGAGAGAGCAAACUAAAGCCCACAGAUUUGAUUCGCAUGCACCUAAACGCCGCCAAUGCUUUGAUCAUUCUCUCUUCAGGAGUGCCAAAUACAGUGGCAGCUUUUGGGUUGAAGCAGUUUUUAAAUGAUCUUGGGUGCAAAUUAAUUUUGUACAUUCAGAGAUUGGGCAGGACUGUGUCCAUUGGCACCACCUGCCUCUUGAGUGUUUUCCAAGCCAUCACCAUCAGUCACAAGGAAUGUUGCUGUAAGGAUCAAAAAAUCAAAGCUUCAAAGUUCAUUGGCUGCUCCAUUGCCAUCCUCUGGGUUUUAUACAUGUUGAUAAAUGUCAUUUUUCCUGUAUACCCACUUAUUGAAAGGAAUACUAAAAAUCUGACAAGAAAAAGAGAUUUUGGAUACUGUUCCACUGUAGAGAGUAAUGAUAUCAAUGAUUCACUCUAUUCAGCACUGGUGGUGUGCCCUGAAAUCUUCUUUUCUUUGCUCAUGGCCUGGUCUAGUGGUUACAUGAUUGUCAUUCUGUACAGACACAAACAGAGGAUUCAACACAUCCGUAGCACUCGAGGUUCCAGUAGAAUCUCUUUUGAGUCCAAAGCCACCCAGAGCAUCCUGGCCCUGGUGUCUACAUUUCUGGCUUUUUAUACUCUCUCCUCCAUCUUACAAGGCUGUGUAGCUCUUUUGUAUAAUCACAGCUGGUGGCUGGUGAACAUCAAUAUCCUCACUUCUCUAGGUUUUCCCUGUUUUGCACCAUUUGUUGUUAUAAAUUGUUAUUCUGUGGUUCCUAGACUCAGUUUGGCCUGGAUAAGGAAUAAAAUCUUUAAUUCUUAUUUUAAUUAUGUAAAUGAUAUUUUUUGUGGUAUCCAGGUGUUUACCAUCUCCAUCACAAUAUCAGUACAGAAAGUGAAGGAGUUAGUGUCUUGUCUUUUAACAAUUAACCAAAGUGAUAAAUUGGUAGUUUUGUCAGCUGGUUUAAUUAGCAGCCUACAUGAGCUUAUCCCAUUGUAG